AUGCUCUACCCACUUCUUCUUUUUUAAUAAGCUCUUUCAUUUAGUUCUGUGGAUUGUUAUUUUUGAUGAAUUUCUAUUUUGCUUAGUGCAAGAUUUAAUCUUUCAGCUUAUAACAGAUGCUAGGGUUAAUGAACCAUUUCGACAUUCCCUCCCUUCUUCAUUCACUCUCUUGGGCGCCUCCAUCCCCAAAAAAUCACAAAAUCUCAGAUGUCACUCAUCUCACCCCAUAACCCAAUUUUCCAAACCCUAGUUCCUCAAGAGUACCCCAUUUUGAAGCCGAAUUGAGCUACAGGGAGGGUGAGUUUUUUUCGGGAGAUUUAUCGCAAAUGGAUUUCUGCCCGGAUUGUGGGGGCAUGCUGCAGUAUGAGCUUCCGAAUAAUCUGAAUAUGCACGCUGCUAGAUUCUUCUGUCCCACUUGUCCUUAUGUUGCGUACAUGGAGAAACUGAGUGAAAUUAGGAGGAGGGAGGCUCUUGUUAAGAAAGAGAUCCAACCCAUAAUUAACCUGAAUGACUUUACAAAUGCACCCAAAACUGAAGAAACAUGCCCAAUCUGUGGUCAUAAAGAGGCCGCUUUCCGGGAACAGCAAACGCGAUCUGCUGAUGAGGCUUCAACAAAAUUUUAUAGGUGUUUGAACGAUGACUGUAAGAAUGCUUGGAUCGAUUACUCUUAGUUGGAAACCUCUUCUUUACUAUCGCUGGUAUUGCCAUCAGUCCAUGGACAAGGUAAGAGCCAAGCAACAUCCGUUCAGUUUUCUGGACUUUGAAAUCAAUUUGACCGUGGCCAGCUGCAAUCUUUUGCCUUUUCUCGGAUUCAAUCCCUAAAUGGAUUGUUGUUUUUAUUUGGCGUCUUGGACUCCAUUGUACUGUAGUAUAUUGGCCAGUUGAAUAAAUAUAUUUCCAGACUUGAGCUUUAUGCAAA